AUAACAAAGGUAUCUGUUUUCCAGGCUCCCAGCAGAUUGUCUGAGGGCAGUGGUUUGGGUCGUGUCGUUUCAUCACUGCAAGAAACAGCUCGUAGGCUGUGUAACCUAAAAUUCCGGCAAUUCCUAGCAUGUAGUAUCGGAACGAUGACCAUGUGCUUGGUCGGUACAGUCUACGGAUGGACAGAGACUUCAUUUCUCCUUUUAACAUCUGGCAUCGGGAACGCGCCGCUAACGUUAACACCCGACGAAUAUUCAUGGGUCGUUUAUUCGACAGUACUUGGUUCAAUGAUCGGUUCACUUCUGUCUGUGCAGUUGGCCGAUCGCAUCGGUCGUAAAUACUGCCUCAUUGCAUGCAGCAUAGUGUUCAUCAUAGGCUGGCUCGACAUGCACUCCUCACCUUCUGUGCAAAUGCUAUACUUUUCCCGGGGGGUUCUCGGUAUAGGCGUUGGUAUUGCCCGCACGAUAAAUCCCAUGUUCGUGUCAGAAGUCGCCGACGUCAAACUCAGAGGACGCCUGGGUACUCUAAUCGCAGCGAACGUAUAUCCCGGGUCACUACUAACAUACGCUCUAGGACCCUCGCUGACGUACACGUCACACCUGCUGCCUCUUGCAGGAAUAUCCGCUAUAUUCACCUUGCUGCUCAUAUGCUUACGCGAAACUCCGUAUUUCUUGGUGGCAAAAGGUAAAAAGGAGCAAGCAUGCAAGUCGAUAGCAUAUUACAAAGGCAUCGAAGAUCCUGACCAAGUGAAAGUCGAACUACGUGCUCUACGCGCAGAAGCCAGAUACGGAUUACACCAACAAUCCGCAAGCGAUUUACACUCACAAUCCAGAAGUGAUUUACCCCCACCGUACAGUAGCAUUUUUCCCUCAGCAUCAUGUAGCGAUUUACCCCCACCGUACAGUAGCAUUUUGCCCGCAGCAUCGAGUAGCGAUUUACUCCCACCGUACAGUAGCAUUUUACCAUCAACAUCAAGAAGCGAUUUACCCCCAUUGUACAGAAGCAAUUUGCCCUCACAAUCUAUACGCGAAACACACUCAGACCCCACACGGGAAGUAGUAGGCACAGAAGCCACGUCCGAUUUAAACUUACCAUCCAGUAGCGACUCACACUCACAAUCCAUAUCCUCAGCAGACUCAAAAUUCAAAUGCGAAAUACGCACAGUAACCACGGGCGAAUUACGUGUAGAAUACUCGCGCGUCUCGCCCGGAUUACCAUUCCAAACCUCGCGCGAAUUACACUCACAGUCCGCAAGCGACUUGCACCGACCAUCCACUAGCCAAAUACACCGGCCCCCGACAAGCCAAAUACACCCAGACCCCACAUGCGAAAUACACCAAGCAUCCACUAGCCGAAUACACCAUCCCCCGACAAGCCAAAUACACCCAGACCCCACAUGCGAAAUACACCAAGCAUCCACAAGCCAAAUACACCAACCAUCCACCAGCCAAAUACUCCCGGAAAUGAGAAGCGAAUUACACUCACAAGCCAGAAGCGAUUUACACACACCAACCAGAGUGGAUUCACGAGCAUCAACGGACAUAUCUGAGCCAUACAUGGAUUUAACUAAAUAUACCUGUUUAGACAAGCUGCGAGCAAUACUACAACGACGCCACAGGAGAGCUCUGUUUAUCAUGCUUGGCUUGAUCAUGGCUCAACAUCUUAGCGGAAACUUCACCGCUACGCAGCACCUGCGAGAUUUAAUUAGCAGAAAAGCGACCUCUAUCGAUCGAUACAACGCGUUGAUUUGGAUCGAGCUUCUCCGCGUUUUAUCCGGCUAUUUAACCGCGUUAAUAGUGGAUUGGUGUGGAAGAAGAAAACUUUUGAUUCUGUCUAUUGUGGGGACGUGUUAUACAUCGUUUGUUUUAUCAGCUUAUCUUUACACACAUUCACAUGAGUCUGACGAUUCCACCAUCCCUUUGACUCCCUUUAUCCAUUUAGUUUUGUAUCAAAUAAUGUUUCACAUUGGUUUAGGUGUAUUACCCAAUGUUUUCCUAUGCGACUUAUUUCCUACGAAACUAAAAGGCAUUGCUGGUGCCAUCGUUGUGAUUUUCGAUGGUAUAAUUGGUUUUACCACGUCGAAACUGAAUCAGGCUAUUACCGAUACUAUAGGAGCGUUUGCGAAUUACACGAUGUUCUGGACAUCAUGCUGGAUGGCAUUUCUGAUAACGUUCUUAUGGGUACCGGAAACGAGAGGUAAAACAUAUCACGAGAUUGAAGCGCUUCUAUUUGGUGAAAAUUUUAAUUCUUUGAAUGAAGAAGUUAGCAACGAUGAAAUGGAUACUCGUAGAAUAUGACAGGAGAAAUUGCACUGUACAUCCAUGGCACGGUGCCUCCAUACUCGGAAUACUUUAUUUCUCAUUUUUAUUAGUAUAACGAUAAAGAUCUACAAUUUUAUCACGAUAUGCAAUUUUUGUAGUAACGUAGUUCUAUUCGUUUGUACGUGUAAUUUUAGAAUUGUGUCUAACAAAGUUAGUGGUCAUUUACAAACAUAUGUAUUGCAUAAAUUGACUUGCAUUGAACUCAGAGGAAUACAUGUUCUCGAACUAAACUUUUUAUCCAUUUCAUAACACGAACAAUGUAACAAUACCAAUUAACUCGAAAUAAUUGGACAACAGUUUGCAAAAGUAAGAAAAGUAAUAUAUUAAAAAAGGACAAGGUGACAUAAUACUGAUAAGAACAAUUUUUUAUAUCUCAGCUGUUAUCUAUGUUGUUAUUUUUUGUUUACAAUAUAUAAUUUGCAGCAUACAAUUGUAUGCUGAAAAAUCAGUAUUUAUGCUAAAAAUAAUGUAAUAUAAUUAAAAUAACGCAUUGCU